AUAAAAAAAAUUGCUUUUGAACAGAGUACGAUCGUGAUAAUUGAUUUAAUCACGUAAAUGCCGCAAAUUGUAUGUUCACUGUUACGUUAGUGUUAUUACUAAUAUUUUUUAGCGAGUCUCAAAGUAUUGUUAUUUAAAACCAAUUGUUAAAACAUAGGCAAGUACUUUAAAUUGUUACCUUAUUAAGUAGCAAAUCCAAGUUGAUUAACCGACUUUGUGAAUCAUCUAUAAUAAAAUAAAACAAGUUGUACGGUGAUGAAGAGAGGGGAUUUUAACAAACAUAUAUGAGAUGGUUGCAUAGCCUGUUAGUCAUUUUGCGUCUCGUAUAUUGUGUUGUGUGAUGUGUGAGCAAUAAGGUUUUUAUAUACAACUAUAUGUUUGUUUUGAAAUUUUAAUAUAAAGUGUUACAAAACAAUAUUUAGGAUGAGCUUGAGAUUGUUAAUGAUCGUCGCUAUGGCCAGCCACACAGUGGCCGGCGGGUCUCAUUAUGGGUUUGGUAAUUACCCAAUACACAGACGUCCAGACUUCCAUUAUCAUGGGUGGGGACAUCACCAUACUGACUGGGGUUCUUAUCCAUGGGGCUCUCACGAAUCGGAUGAAGAUUAUUCAUGGGAAGGUGACCGCAGGUAUCGAAAUCAAAGGUCAAUAAUGUCUACUACAACAAAAACUAUACAAGUAAGCCCUACUAGAAUGAAUGGUAAUGUGGAUACAGCACUUAGAGCAUCAUCUAACCUGAAACAGGCUUCAACUUUAGAUAUUCUGUUAUGUUUGAGAACUUGUAUCAUUAGACCUGAAUACAGGCCAGUGUGUGGAACAGACAACAUGACCUACAGCAAUCCUUCAAGACUUCAGUGUGCAAUUAAUUGCGGUGUUGAUGUAGCGUUAUCGAGUCCUGGAGAAUGUCUAUUAAAUAACGGGCAAGGUAGUCUGCCUACCGGCCGACCUCAAGUAUCCGAUGCUACUCUAUCACCAGCCAAUCUACAAGCCUGCAUACGCUCCUGUCCAGUCACUCCAGAAUAUAAUCCAGUAUGUGGAACAGACAGCGUAACUUAUCAAAACCCGGGACGAUUGGAAUGUGCCAAGAAUUGCGGAAAAGUGGUAUCAUUAUUCCGACCUUCUCGGUGUCCGCCUCCAGAACCUGCAUCAAACUCAAAUUCAGCCAAUAAUAACAAUACAACAAGCGCAACAACAGUGACAAUACCAACAGAAAGGCCUAUAACGAACCCCAUGCAAUCCAGUGACUCAAAUGGUCCAAAUAGAUUCACAAGUGUAGUGAGUCCAAUAACAAAUUCUCCUCUUGAUACUACAGACAGAAUGACUACUAGCAAUGGACUAGAUUUUAGUAUUCCACAAAAUUUAUUAGAUAGUAUAUUCAAUAAUAUGGGCACAACUGAAAAUACCCCAGAUUUUAGUUAUGACGAGAGAUUUCAGGAUCAAUAAUAUCAUAAGUAAAAACUUAAUUUUUAGUAUUAUUUUACCUAUUGUAAUGAAUAAAAGUAUUUGUGAACAUGUUUUAAUGUUUGUUACUCAAUCAUAUUGAUGAAUUUGAAUGAAAUUAUCAAUAGAUAUACUAACUGAAGAACAUGGGAUGUUUUAGACUAAUUGACAAACAUAGACAAUUGUAAUAAUACGUCUAGUUAAAAAUAUGAUACUUA